CUCCACUUAACGGCAAGCAUGGCGGCAGAGGACUCGGAUAAGGGAGUCUCCGAUUUGGAUCCUGUAGAAGGAAUAGACCAGAAACCAGACGCAGAGGAGGAACAGGAGGAGACCGAAGAGGCGGCUGGCGGCGGCAAGAAACGGGUAGUGCCGGGUAUUGUGUACCUGGGCCACAUCCCACCCCGCUUUAGGCCUUUGCACGUAAGGAACCUACUCAGCGCCUACGGCGAAGUCGGGCGCGUUUUUUUCCAGCCAGAGGACGGGUUCGUGAGGCGCAAAAAGAAGGCAGCGGCGGCCUCCGCUGCGGGAGGCAAAAAGCGAUCCAAGUACAGCAAGGACUACACCGAGGGCUGGGUGGAGUUCCGCGACAAGCGAGUAGCCAAGCGUGUGGCGGCCAGUCUACACAACACACCCAUGGGCUCCCGCAGGCGCAGCCCCUUCCGUUAUGACCUGUGGAACCUCAAGUACUUGCACCGUUUUACCUGGUCCCACCUCAGUGAGCAUCUUGCCUUUGAGCGCCAGGUGCGCAGGCAGCGCCUAAGGGCUGAGGUUGCCCAGGCCAAGCGUGAGACUGACUUUUAUCUUCGAAGUGUGGAGCGUGGUCAGCGUUUCCUUGCCAACGAUGGGGACUCUACCCGCCCGAAUGGCUCCUGGACCUUUGCCCAGCGUCCUACUGAGCAGGAGCUGAGGGCCCGGAAGGCAGUUCGGCCAGGAGAACGUGAACGGGCUCGCCUGGCUAAUGCCCAGGACCAGGCCCGUUCCAACCGAGGGCUUCUUGCCAGGAUCUUUGGAGCCCCUCCACCCUCAGAGAGUAUAGAGGACUCCUCACUAGUUAGGAACUCUUGAGGGGCAAGGAGGCCCUUUCCCCCUCCUGGCCCAGCCCUGAUAAAGAAUACCUGGGUGGACAUUUUAUUGUGUUUCUCAAACCAGGAGUCUCUGGUAAAUGCUCAGACAUAGAAGUUUUGUAGGCCUCUCCUCUCCCCUCCAGCUCCUGUACAUGCCUGGUUGAGGCACUUAAUUCAUACUAGCUGAUUAUGACUACUGAGAUGCCUGUUUUGUCUUGUUUGAUUCUUGGCUGCCUGCCUCCUGACCAUUGGGGCCCUCUAAAAAUUCUACUUUCUGGCCCCAAGAAGAGUGUUUACUUUGAGCUACAGUGAUAAUGGCUAGUCCAGACAGCUAUUUACCAGCCGCAGGUACCGGGCAGCAGCAACAUCCUUUUUAUUUAGAAAAAAACUAAUAGGGAUGGGGGUUAAUGGGGUAGGAGUGGCUUGGGAGCCACCUUCCAAAUAUAUUUAUAGAAAAGAAAAAAUAUAUGUAUAUAUUUUUGUAUGCUUUUAUGGAAGUUGGAGAUGGUCACUGGAUAAAUUCCAACUUCCAUCUGUGUCCCAUUCACUCACCUUCACUCCAUCUCCUGGUCUCAGACUCACCUUUCCCCGCUUCAACCUGGACCCUUUUCUAUCUAUCUAAUCAAUUUCUUAGGCCAUGUUAUUCAUAGUUAUCUAAUUCAGCAUUUACUCAGUCACUAUAUGAGGACAUAGAGUGACAGUGGGUAAUAAUAUAUGGCCCUUGGUGUAAGUCUUAUAGACCACUAAACAGAUGUUUAAGACAUAAAUGUAUAGAAACAUUGCAUGUGUAUAAGGGAUAGAGUGGAGCCAUGGGAAGACAUGGUUGACUUUGUCUGGGAAGGUAAGUGGUGCUCUUAAUGUGGAGCUGAUUUCCAAACAGAGUCUUCAGAGAUAGGUCAAAUUUUCACCAGGUAUUUCAGAUUGUUCCUGAAAAGUGAACAGAAUGUUGAAAGAGCCCAGUAUUUAUUCCUAUAAUUGCAACAAAGCUCCAUGGAUGGAGUGUUGGGUUCAAACCACUGUAAAGGUAGGCAAAACCUAGGAGGUAGUUAUGCACAAAUGAUGCCCUUCUGGUUCAUUUACACAUAUUUUCUGUGCUUGGACAAGGGAAGGUUCACAAACAACAUGCAAAGCAGCUCUGCUGGUGUCAAAAUCCAUGUAAGCCACUAAGAGGUGUCACAAUAAACUAAGAAAAAUCUACAUACAACCUCAUAAUAGAUUAAAACUCUGGUCAAUAUCCAGGCUUUUAGACUUACAGGCAGUGUUAGAGUGAUAAUAAUUUGAGUUCUGCUUUGCUGUUUGCUUUCUUAGGUCUUUUUCCUCAUCUUUUUUUCAUUGUCAUCAAUUAUCUAUCUAUUUGGAUGAAAUGAAUUCAUUCACCUUGGCUCUAAAAUAACCUAGCCAUGUUAAGACUUCAGUUUGAUAGGUGCAGUUUAUUUGGGAGAAUUAAAAAAUCAUACAAUAAAAAAUUAUGGUCUGUUU